CCGACAUGGCGGCGGCGGCGGCGCUGGCGCGGCUCGAGGUGGCCUUCCUCCUCCUCGCGGCCCAGGCGGCCUGUGAGUACGGCAUGGUGCACGUGGUCUCCGAGGCCGGGGGUUCCCAGGGCAAGGACUACUGCGUCCUCUACAACCCGCAGUGGGCCCACCUGCCACACGACCUCAGCAAGGCGUCUCUCCUGCAGCUGCGGGACUGGACGAGCUCCGUGCUCUGCUCCCCAGCCGACCUCCCGGCCAGAGGCUUCAGCAACCAGAUCCCGCUGGUGGCGCGGGGCAACUGCACCUUCUACGAGAAAGUGAGGCUGGCCCAGGGCAGCGGGGCGCGCGGGCUGCUCGUUGUCAGCAAGGAGACGCUGGUGCCCCCAGCGGGCAACAAGACGCAGUACGACGAGAUCGGCAUUCCCGUGGCACUGCUCAGCCACAGAGACAUGCUGGACAUUUUCAAGAGUUUCGGCCGAGCGGUGCGGGCGGCGCUGUACGCCCCCAAUGAGCCCAUGCUGGACUACAACAUGGUCAUCAUCUUCAUCAUGGCGGUCGGCACCGUCGCCCUCGGGGGCUACUGGGCCGGGAGCCGGGACGUGAAGAAAAGGUACAUGAAACACAAGCGCGACGACGGGCCCGAGAAGCAGGAGGACGAGGCGGUGGACGUGACGCCCGUGAUGAUCUGCGUCUUCGUGGUCCUGUGCUGCUCCAUGCUGGUGCUGCUCUACUACUUCUACGACAAGCUCGUCUACGUCAUCAUCGGGAUCUUCUGCCUGGCGUCCUCCACGGGCCUCUACAGCUGCCUGGCGCCGCUGGUCCAGAGGCUGCCCUUCUGCCGGUGCAGGGUCCCGGACAACAGCCUGCCAUACUUCCACAAGCGCCCCCAGGUGCGCAUGCUGCUCCUGGCGCUCUUCUGCCUGGCCGUCAGCGUGGUGUGGGGAGUCUUCCGGAACGAGGACCAGUGGGCCUGGAUCCUUCAGGACGCACUGGGCAUUGCUUUCUGCCUCUAUACGUUGAAAACCAUCCGCCUCCCCACGUUCAAGGCCUGCACGCUGCUGCUGCUCGUGCUCUUCGUCUACGACGUCUUCUUUGUGUUCAUCACGCCCUUCCUGACCAAGAGCGGGAACAGCAUCAUGGUUGAAGUGGCCACCGGGCCCUCGGACUCGGCCACCCACGAGAAGCUCCCCAUGGUCCUGAAGGUGCCCCGGCUGAACGCCUCGCCGCUGGCGCUGUGCGACCGGCCCUUCUCUCUCCUGGGCUUCGGGGACAUCCUGGUCCCAGGGCUGCUCGUGGCCUACUGUCACCGCUUUGACAUCCAGGUGCAGUCCUCCAGGGUCUACUUCGUGGUCUGCACCAUUGCCUACGGCAUUGGCCUCCUGGUGACAUUCAUGGCCCUGGCCCUGAUGCAGCGCGGCCAGCCCGCCCUGCUCUACCUGGUGCCCUGCACGCUGAUCGCCAGCUGCGCCCUGGCCCUUUGGCGCCGGGAGCUGGGCAUGUUCUGGACGGGCAGCGGCUUUGCGAAGGACCUACCUCAGCCUCCAUGGGCGCCGGCCUCCGCUGAUGGCCCGCAGCCUCCGAAAGACUCCGACGCCACCGUCUCCCAGCAGUCUCCAGGUGAAGAACCGGUCAGGUCCCCCGUGUCCGGAGAGCAGCCCCCAGAACCUUCCACACCCCAGGAGACGGGGCUCGGCACGCCCGCCCAGGAGCCCGUGAGCCCGACCGGCCGCACCCCCGACCCCGCGGGCCUGACGGGCGCCUCGGCCUAGGAGAGGGCGGCACGGACUCGGCCCCCUUGCUGCCAUCCCCACCACACCGAGGGGGCUCCCCCGAGACUGGACCACCCACCCUGCCCCCGACUUGGUGCUCUGGUCUGGCCGAUGCUUACGUCGGGGCGGGGGCCCCAUGGCUACUGCCCCGGCUCCUCCCCCUUCUCCCUCGCCCCUCCCCGCCCUCCAGCCCGCUGCGCCCCGGCCCCUCCAGUCCUGCUCCGAGCUCGCGUGGCUGCUGCAAGGCCCUCCGGCCGGCCGAGGCCACACUGGGUGAGUGCUUGGCCCGCGGUCUUCCUCUCGGAUUCCGUCUGCUGGUACCUCAGGAAGGGCCUGGGGCCGUCCCCUCUGCCCGAUGGCUGCAGAUCCGCCCGCACCUGGUGCUUCCCGUGCUGCCGCCUUCCUCCGCGGCCGGCCCUCGGGGCAGGAGAGGACAGGCUGGCUGCCCCUUCCCCCGGGACGUGCCCCGCAGAGCCCCUUUCUGCAGGCCGGCCGGUCCAGAGACUGAGAGCCCGGCCCCCCGAGGUUUGGACUCAGGCUGGCGUGGGGUCCAGACCCCCGUCUGGUUGGUAGGGGGCCCGUGAGGAGGGGCCGCCACUGAGGGCUGCAGACGAGGCCGUCAGCGGGCACCUGCUCCCUGUGGGCCGCGCCCACCCCGUCCUCCAUCAGCCCCGCACCAACCUCCUCCACGUUCUAAUAAACGGCCACGACGUUUUGAAA